AUGGAAUCAACUUCCAAAACUACACACGAACGAGCACAAUGGUCUAGCGAUUGGCAAUUUAUACUUACUUGUAUUGGAUAUGCUGUUGGUUUAGGAAAUUUAUGGAGAUUUCCCUCUCUGGCUUAUGAACAUGGAGGAGGUGCCUUUCUAAUCCCUUAUUUAAUUUGCUCUUUUAUUGUUGGAUUGCCUCUUCUCCACCUUGAAAUGUCACUCGGCCAGUUUAGUCAAAGCGGUACUGCUGUGGUUUAUGGCAGGAUUAGGCCGCUUUUUCAUGGUUAUUUAUUUGAUUAAUGAAAAUAAGUAAUGUAUAAGUCCAUGACGGAAAAAAUUCGAGUCUCGGGUCUGAUCCGCGAGAUGGAUUUGUAGAAAUUAGGAAGGAUAUCGGUGAGUUUGGUGGGCAUAAGAGGGGAUACAUGGUCGGAGGGAUUGGAUUAAUUAGAAAGGAUAUCGCUGGAUUUGGAAGGCCUAAGACGAUACGGUAGUUUAAGCGGGAAAAAAGCCUCUCAAUCACUUGAUAGC